AUGGCUACUUCUCUGUCAGCCGAAUUUCGCGACAAGGGAGCCCUUAACCUCCCCUCCGUUUCUGCUAAUUUUGAAAAGCCACAAAAGCCACAAACCAUAAAUAAUCCAACUCGGUCUUCCCCUUCACCAGGCAACGGCGCGGCGAAUACUGCAAGCCCUAGCGUGUCUGGAAACGCUAGGAUUUCUUAUGCGAACGCCACUGUGAAGCGACCUGUUAAGCGGCCGGAUUUAGCAGCCCAUGUGUUUCACGAUUUGCGUCCAACGAAGGAGGGAGAUCAAUUCUCCCUGAAAAUUCCAAAGGCUUUAUAUCUUGAGGAGGUUAAAUCUUCUGAGCACGCGUUGACAGGACGUCUCCUGCUGGGGAAAGGCGAUAAGCCACGUUCAACUAUGGAAUUGAAGUCGGAACUUCAACAACUUUGGGGUAUAGUUUCUGCUUGGCAAUUGAUUCCGUUGGGAAAGGGCUAUUAUACACUCCGAUUUACUACGGCGACUGAUAAACCUAUAGCGAAGGAGAAGGCGAUCUGGGAACUCUCGAAGGGAAAUCUUCGGCUCCGGGAGUGGACUUGCAAUUUUGAUCCGUUCAAGGAAAACUCUCCUUUGGCUAACGUGUGGGUCAGAAUUCAUUACCUUCCAAUCGAGUACUGGAAUCCACAAAUUAUCUCUGGCAUUGGACGUUUCUUGGGCCACCCCUUGAAGAUCGAUGGUGCGUCGGCAGGAAGAGAUUUUGGACAGUUCUCCCGCAUUCUUGUUGAAAUAGAUAUGUCUCUUCCUCUCCCUAAUACUAUGCUUAUUGAUAUGGAUGAGUUCUCAUUUCAUGUGGAAUUUGUUUUCGAAAAUCUUCCCCUUUAUUGUGGUCGUUGCAAGAUUACGGGACAUUCUCCCAAUUGA